CAAUGCUCAUCGGUAUAACCCUUCCUAUGAAGAGUGAGCGCUUAUAUUUUACAACCAAGUAUUCGACUCCAUUUCUCAGUUCCGGACUCCAAAUGAUAAGGCCCACGGACAUUCCGCAGAGAUACAGCUGCCUUUCCCCCUAGAACCCCCGCCUCCCUGGGACGAUGCCUACCGCCACGAAAACAUUGACGUUCUUGUCGAGCUUUCUCACAAGCUUCGGGGCGUUCGUGGUCAUCUGCGCUGUUCUGGGGACCCCUCAAUGGGUCAGCAGCACCAUCGCCGUCAGUGAUAAGUACUCCAACGGCAGCAUUGUCAUCACCUACGGACUCUUUCGCGGGCAGAGCGCUCAAAAGCUGACUCAUGGACUGGGGGACGCAGACAAGGAUUUUGAAGUUUUAGCGGUACUGGGCGAUUCGGCCCCGAAGACGCUGCAUUCGGUGGUCAUAGUGUCCCUGGUCAUCAGCUUGACCACGUCGCUGCUGAGCGCCGGCUUCACCUUCUACAACAGCGUCAGCAACCCCUACCAGACGUUCCUGGGGCCCCUGGGGGUGUACAUCUGGAGCGGGCUCAGCGGCUCCUUCGCCUUCCUGGCCUUGGUGCUGUUCGUGGGGAACGUGCAAGCCAAUCGCCUGUCGGAAGUGCUGGUCCAGGCGCUCUACUCACGCUACUCGCCGGCCACCCACCGUGGGACGGCGCACAGCUACGGCAGCUCCUUCUGGCUGCUGCUGCUCGUCCUCCUCCUCAGCGUGGGCACCGCCGUCAUCGUCGUUUUCUUCCAGAGGGCGCGGCGCCGGCGCCGGCAGGAGCAGAGGAAGCCGGUGGAGCAGGCCCCGCGGGACGGCAUCCUCUUCUGAGCGCCUCCUCGGACGGUCGCUGGGUCGGGCUGCGGGCCGCUCCCCCAGCAGCGGCCGUGAGCCGGCCUGGACAGCCGCAUGGCCACGGGCCGCCCUGGCUGACACUGUGUCUCUCAGACACCCCGUUCUUCACACGCGAUGGCCCCUCUCCACGAGGGCGGGGAGGUGGACGGGGAAGCUCUCCGGUCCGCGUGGUGGUCAGAGCGGCGGGACGAUCGCGAGGCUGUGGGCUGUCCGGCCCGUCUCGCCGUCUGCGGUAAUAAAGGUGUGUGUACCCCUUUCCUCUGAGG